AUGAAACUAUCAAGUUGUUUAAAGAGAUGUAUUCUAAUUCUUACUUUACUCAGUGAAGUGCAAAAUGCUUCGUGUGGAUGGUUUGACAAUUCUCCGCCUAUCGCAAACACAGCACCGCCAUCUUCCGAUGCUUCAAACGUUUUGGACAUUCUAAAUCUGACAGGUGACUCCAUAUGCAGGUUCAUUUAUGCUAAUGUGGACGGAGCGUCUGCCAUCGUCUUCCUUCCAAGGAUUGGAUCCGUAUACAACAUCAUGGCAGGUACACAGCGCAUUUGGCAAGCUCAAAGAAGUGAUGAAAAGUGUAUUUUCUGUGUAGUUUACCUGGACGGAAACAAUUUGCCUUUGAUAUUGCACAAUGUUGCUAGAGAGGGCACUAGAAUUGUGGACCUCUUUUAUAAAUGCAAAAACGGCAAGUGGACAGACUCCUUUAGAAAGUACGAUGAGAAGAUCAAAUCAAUCAGAAUUCCUAGCAGAAUAUCCCUUUUAACAACUUUUGGAUCCACAAUAGAGACAAUUAGGAGACCAAUGGAUCCCAUAAAGUUUACUCUAAAUGUCGCGAGUAUCGAAUGCAGUGAUUCAUUUCAACAUUCAAUUACAAAGCUCUAUAAGACCAAUACACAUUUGUUUGCUCCAAAAAGUGGAUACAUUUGCAACAAGGUCGUCCACGGCUCAAGGGAUUUGUGGAGUGCAAAGAAUGAUGAAGAACGCUGUAUAAUCGUUAUCGCAAUUGAAAAGAGAAAGAUUCGUCUUUACAAGAAGGGCAUGUACCUAAAUGAAGAAGAUGCUUCACAGGAUUAUAUGACAACAUGCUCACGUGGCGGGAUUCCAGACGUUUUCCUGGAAAAUAUAGCCUCCGUCUACCUCCUAAUCAGGACCCCGAGUUACAUCCCAAAGCACAGGUACUUUAAGAAGAAAGGUAAUGGAUGGAUUCGCAUAAAGUUCAAUGAGGGGUAUCCGAGAAUCAGGAGACUGGGUGAGCAAUGCAGCUGGAAAUCAAAAUCCGUUGGCGUAUCUACCUUAGGAGAUACGCUCUACACUGAGGAUUUUGCCACACCAAAAGUAUCCGAGGAAGAAAUAGUAGACGAAGAGGAAGUCUUUUAUAAUGGAAAUACGCUCUUUAAGCUCAAGGGAGAGGAACCAGUUGCUCUUGACGAACUUCCGUGUGCUUCUGGCGGACUGGAACCAAAUAAUAGCAGCUAUAAAGAAAAUGAUGAAGCAAGCAAGCUGCAUGCACAAAUAUUUGGUAACGAUUUUGAUGUUGGUUCCGAUGACACUCUGCUAUCACCAGUGGACCACAGGAAUAUAAAGUAUGAAGAGAAUGAUGCCAGUGUCGAGUUUAGAAGUGUCGGAGGCUGUGAUAACCCCGGCUAUGUCUCCUCUGGCCAUGAUACGGAAGAUGCUGGUGCUGCAUGUCCAAACGAUGUUGAUAUGGAGGAGGACGAGGAGGAGGGUGAUAAUGAUGAAGGAUGUGAGGAAAUAGAGCCUGAAGAAGAAAAUGAUGAAGGAGAUGAUGACAGCACGGGAUCUACGGAAUACGCCAAUACAUACACGGUUGAUCUUUUAAAUGUAGACACAACAAGGGCACGCCUCUACCGAGACUCGCUAUAUAUGGCUGUAACACCAAUGAAUGACAUUUCAAUCACUGGUGUGAAAUAUGGCGAUAAGGGACUAUGGAAGGUAUGGGAUGAUGAAAUUUGUACCGUUAUUGAAAUGAGGGAAAAUGGAGACGUCAUUCACAUUAAAAUAUCCCUUGAAACUGUAUAUGGUUCACAAUAUUGGCAUUUCUACCUGCAAAAUGAAAUUUGGAGUCGCCGAAUUGUAGAUGGAUGAAUAGUCCAGAGUUAUAAUUUAUAGAAAAUGAUGGGUAUCUUGUAAUUUGUAAUCGCCAUCUAAAACUCUUGUAAAAUAUAGCUGCGCUUGAGAAAUUUAGCAAAUGCUCCCCCAGUUACGUCUGUGCUUUUGCAGUCGCAUUCGU